AUGCCUGGUGGGCACAAUAGAGUGCAAGGUGGCAGUGUGGAGACCCAAGCGUCUACUGUGCCGCAGGGAGAUGGCCAGAGGAGAGCGAGGCCGGAGUCGGAGGGUGUCACAGGUCAACCCGCUGCGACCCGCAGAAGAGCGAAGAGGGCGCGACGACCAGAGUGGACCAUGAGCAGCACCGUAAGGGACAUCCUGCUGGAGGGAAGCACCGGAAUGGCCAAAAUGAAGCUCAAUGAUUUUCUUCGGAAUUAUGUUGGCGGUGGGGCAGCCGUUGAUGAAGACCACAAUGUUACGAUGGAGGUGUUUGUCCAGGAGCCGGAUGAUUACGUACAAGACCAGCAGAUUUUUGAUGAGAUCCAUAACUUAACAGAGUACCAAGUGCUAGAAGGGAGGGGAGUACUAUUGGAGGCUACUACUAAUCUUGAAGGAGAAGGCGUGUUCAUUCUUGAAGAAUGGAGGGACUUUGGAAGAAAGGAUACGGUCACUCUUCUUGCAAGGGAAAAGCUAGACGAAGUUCUCACCCAGGUACUGAAAGAAAAAAUGCUUGAGGCAAGCGGAAAAGCAUGGGAACAACGAGAACUAGAAUUUAACGUUACCACUAAUAUCGAAGAUGUGCUGUUUAACGGCAGUCCUCGCUUCACGGAAAUAAAGCUGAAUGAUUUUCUCGCGUUUGAAUUGUACGGUCGGGGCAUUUUGCGCGCCAAUCGGAAUGUCUUGUUGAAGGAGUUUUUCAGGGAACCCUCGAAGUAUAUCUGUGAUGCGGGAGUAUUGGUCGAAAUACAGAUAAACGAUGCUUAUGUGAGGAUGGAUAUUGCCGUAUGGAAUGAAAUGGUUUUUGAUGAGGAUAUACGCAAGCUUCACGAGAAUGGUGUACACAAACUAUUUGAGUGGUCAGAAGCUGCUGCGGAGGUAAAAGCAAGCGUUGAACGCAUCACCAAACAGUUUUUGGAUGCAGCCGUCAUUGAAUCGAUGAGCCCAAUGACGAUGAGUGCGCCGAUUAAACUGGAGGGGUUUUACGAGUCUGUGUACAAUGCGAGGUGGAACCAUGUGGUGGAAGCUUCCGACGGCGAGGGGACAGAAAUGGAGGUGAGGGAGGGGGAACCACCGCAGCCAUGGAAGUACAAGGCAGCUGGCUACACUCUCGAAAAGGAUGUCGGUGCGGAGGGACCCGGUGCACCACGUCUCAGGCUGAUGGUGCUCACCUCGGACCAGGGAUGGCCGUACUCGUGGAAGGAGGAGGACUCCCUUCGUGACUGCCAUGUGAACUGUGAGGCGGAGCGAGUGUGGAAUAUCGUCAAAAAGGAUCUAACCAAAUUGUUCAGCAGUCACGGUAAGAACAAACCUUCGUGUCAUCCGCGUGUGUUGAUUGGGACUUCCGGGAUUGGGAAGUCGAUGAAUGCCGGUUCGUACCUCCUCUACCAGCUGCUGCACUACAAUGCGGAGCAGCUCCCAAUGGUUGCGUACUUUAUUGGGAAUCGAACAUUUCUGUUUGACAAAAUCGCAAAAACGGUGUCAGUGUACAUGGGUGAGGCCAGUAUCCUGAAUAUUGUGGGUGGCUUCGCUCGGCGUGGGUUUAAGGGGUAUAUUAUCUACGACGUGGCAUUGAAGGGUCAUCAACCGUCUAUUGGUUUGCCUUGCGAGGGAUGGGGAAUGAUUGUGGUGACACCACCAGACAAAAACAACUACGAAUGGUGGGCGAAGCAAAUGGGGGCGGAAGAAUUCAUAAUUAAUUGUCCCGAGGAAAACGAUGUGAAGGCAAUGUGCUCUUGGAUGAAGCGCAAUCAGAUUCCGCAGGAGCAAGCAGAAUACUGGAAGGAGGUGAGGGGUCGCAUGAAUAACGUGGGACCAAUUCUCCGCUCCAUCUUUGGUAAACAGGCAUAUGAUGACCGCAUUAAGGCGUGUCAACAAGCCGUGGAUGGGAUGAACGCCUUGAAAUUCGAGGGUUACUUGGAUAUUGGAUAUUGUUGUUUGUCCAAUGACAGCGACUUGUCUCGAAAGCUUGUGAAGGUUGUCCGAAUACGACGAGAAUACAACAUUGAGUCGCCUCUGAAUGUACUGAUAUCUCCCCACGUCGAACGCGAAACAUUGUCCCGGCUGGAGAGUGAAAUGAAGCAGUCCGAUUUUAUUUUGCUUGUUUUGAGGUUCUGGGAUUAUGUCCCACCAUAUCUCAUUAAAAAGUAUGCCGUAUCUGCAUUUUUGAAUAAGAAUUUACUGCGUGCGAUAAGACUUAGAAUCAAGGAACUGAGGCUACCAGGACGAGGUGAGUCACACAGGUGUGCGCUGAAAGUGCACUCAGGCAAGAGCUUCACCAGAAAAGAGGUUCUACCGCCACCCGAACGCCUUUCCAAUCCGGUUGCCAUGGACCACUGGGUGCUGUAUAAGCCUAAAGUCAAAAACUUUCCACUGGUGGACGCCUUUUUCUUUGUGGACACAAAUCCGAAGACGCUGGUUGGGCUGCGGAUGUCUACGGCAAGUAAGCACCGCACCACAACCAGCGCUGUGAGGCGGUUCACUGAGUGCCUGGCGGCAUAUUUUGAGGGUUGGGAGGAGUUAUCCCGAGACCUGUCGUGGGAGAUUAUUUAUGUGCAGCACGAGAUAUACAGGCCGAUGGAGGGACGGCAGAAAUUUGAGGUCGUCAAUUCCGAUAAUUUGGGCGCCGAUGAAAACCGAGAGAUUGCGGCGUUCUGUAGGGAAAAGGUGCGCCAGUACCUAGCAGCACUAUCAUCCGCUGACGCCAGAAGAGGCGAAGCUCUCCGGAGGUGA